CUCUGGCAGGAAUUGACUUUAAGAUCAGAACAAUAGAAUUAGAUGGAAAGAAAAUCAAGCUACAAAUAUGGGAUACAGCAGGCCAGGAGAGAUUCCGCACAAUCACAACAGCUUACUACAGAGGAGCCAUGGGAAUUAUGCUGGUGUAUGACAUCACAAAUGAGAAGUCUUUUGACAACAUAAAAAACUGGAUAAGAAACAUAGAGGAGCAUGCCUCUUCAGAUGUAGAAAGAAUGAUCCUGGGUAACAAAUGUGAUAUGAAUGAAAAAAGACAAGUCUCAAAAGAAAAAGGGGAGAAGUUAGCAAUUGAUUAUGGAAUCAAAUUUUUGGAGACAAGUGCAAAAUCCAGCAUAAAUGUGGAAGAGGCAUUUUUCACACUUGCACGGGAUAUUAUGACAAAGCUCAACAGAAAAAUGAAUGACAGCAGUUCAUCAGGGGCAGGUGGGCCAGUAAAAAUAACAGAAAAUCGAUCUAAGAAGAGCAGCUUCUUUCGAUGCACGCUACUUUGAUGAACUUCUAAUGAUAGACUGCAGCACACUUAGAACCUUUUCUGCUUCUUUGAAAGCACAGGGUCACAAAGCCUCAGAAAUAAUACCACCAAGCUGCUGCUGAGAGCUCCAUUGAACGUAGACUGCGAUACACAAAAUACCAAGUGGAUUUUGCUCACUAAGCCUAUUGACCUGUCAGGCUCUUCUUUCUCAGAUAUGGAAGCUAUGAAGUGGAGACACAAAUGCAAGAGUUAACUUGUUUUCCUUUUUUACUUUCUGUUUUAUUGCCUGUUGCUGCUAUGUUUCUUUUAACUUUGCACAUCCAUAUUGGCCUCUUACUGCCUGUUACAGCACAAUCUUACAUUUGUAUUUGCACAGUUUGACUUGUAAGUAAGAUUCUUAACAGAUUUGUGCAGGUUUUUCUUUCUGUUUUUAAACAAAUUUAUUUUCAAGCAGAAGAGCCAGGGGAAAAACUGUCUCACUUCCAUUAUUUUCUAUGCUGUAUACUUGUGGCCAUGACUGCAGUAUGGAUGUUGACACUCUAGUGAUGCGAAUUACUGUAACAAUUGGCAUUUAAUGAUUUGUAUGGGUUUUGUCUCUCUGAUGCACAAAUCUGUUCAUGCAGAAGCUAUGGCUUCUAUUCUGAAUGUAGUAUGUUGCUUUUCUUUCUUUACCAGACUUAGCAAAGUUGUGUUCUGAAUUGCCAGUCACUGUCUGAUUCACAGAUGCACCUUUCAGUUAUUUGAAUAAACACAGUGUCUGUCCUC